AUGGCGACAUUAAUCCCGACAGCAAGUGCCUGUCAUUCCCUUCAACUACCUCCAACUGAAAAAGAUGAUAGAUUAAAUUUAAAUGUGCGGACUGGUUCUGCUUCUACUUUAUAUAAUUCAUUAGUAUUCACAUAUGGUGGACUUACAAUGGGAUUAGAAUUAAAAGAUUUUACAAUUGAAGAAAUUAGAGAUAUAUUCCAAUCUAAAAUUAAUGCAUCAGCAACUAGAUAUAGAUCGUUUGAUAAAUAUCUUUCAGGUGAAUUAUUUUAUUUAAGUUUAAUUGAACGGGUUUGGACAAGAGUAACAUUCAAAACAUCAACCACCACAAGACCAAGUCCAAGAUUAUUACAUCAAUUGUGUGCCGUCAAUAAUUGCAUAUAUUUAUUUGGUGGAUUAACAAUCCCAGAAAAUCAAUCACAGGAGAAAUAUCUUAUACCAUGUAAUGACCUUUGGGAAUUUAAUCUUGAAAAAAAUAAAUGGACUUGUUUACAUGAUGGUGCUCAUUAUCAUCUUGAUAAAGCAAUCCCCUGUCCUAGAUAUAAUCAUAAAAUAACCCCCAUCUCAAGUUUAUCAUUUGUGAAUAGAAAAGAUCAUUUUGGAAUAUUUAUCGGGGGUGGGAAAGAUGAAAAUUCAAAUAUGAUUUAUGAUAAUGCAAUAUUUGAUUUAGUAGAAAAGAAAUAUGUUGGAUCUCAACCAAUUCAUUUAUCUGUCACUUCAGGAAAGCCGACAAAAGAUCAACAAUUGGGAUUAACCAAUUUCAUUGCCAAUGAUGAUCAUUUAUUAAAUGUUGAUAUUACUAAAAGUAUGUUAAUUGAUUUCGUGGAAGAAGUAGAAGCAAUACAAACAGUCGAUGGAAAGGGGAAACUACCUUCAACUACUCGAGAAGAAUCACUUGUAGUAUAUGCUCCAACACAAGAAGGAGCUUCAAAUCCUUUAGUUUCAUUUAAAAUUGGAAAAAUGAUAAAACAUGGGAAACCAUUACCUAUACAUCGUAAAACGGCAUACAAGAAACAAACAAAUAUAACAAUACCAUUUAAUUUAAGUUAUCCCUCUGGAGGUUUAUUUGGUCAAAAUGUUGUUAUUACCGGAUUCUUGGAAAAUGAAUUUGAUAUUUCAAUUUUCAUCUAUAAUAAACCUACGGGGAAAUGGUCAAGAAUGAAUAUAUUUUGUAAUCAUGAUUAUGGAAGUCAUCGAUUUUGGGGAGGGUUUGCCUGGCAAUCACAUCAUAAAGUAAUUUUAUUAGGGAAUUAUUUAACAUCACGUACAUCAAGUAGUAUUCGAUUUUUUACAUUAAUGAUUACUGUUAGUUUACCAAUUACCAAUAUUUUAGCCAGUUCUGAAUUAGCUGGAGGCCAUCAUCAUGCUGCUGAUGGAACGAGAAUCUAUCAUCAUCGAAAAUUGGAUGAUUCAAGUGAUGAAUGUCUGACUGAUAGUAGUAGUAGUGCUGCUUCUGGUGGCGAUUUAGAGUCUCAUGAAUCUAGUAUUCCUGAUUCUACUAGACAUCAAUCCGUUACAUCUGUUGGAACAGAAAAGUCAAAUCAUACACCAAUCAGUUUUACUGAAUAUGUCCAUUAUGCAGCUCCGAAACAAACAUUUACAACUAUUAGAUCAGUAUUCCCACCAGCUGCAAUCACGUUAGGAAGAAAUGCAUUUGAUAGAUAUGGAGAUUUAGUUUCUGAUUUUGAAAUUGUUUCAUCUAAUGGUGAUAGAAUUCCUGUGUGUUUAGUUGUAUUAAUGGAAAGAUGGGGCAGAUAUUUCAUUUCAUUAUUGUCAAGAGGAUAUGUUCAAGCUGUGGAUAAAUUUGAAUCGGAUCAAGCUAAAGGAUUAUUCGAGGGACAAAGACUAAGAUCAAAAGCAAGUAAUUCAAGUUCAACAACUGGUUCAGCUAGUAUGAAAUUAUCGGCAAGUGGAUCUUCUGUUGCUUCAAAUGAAGCUUCUUCAGAUAAUAAUACCACACAAGAACUGACAUCACCAAAACUGCAAUCAGCAAAAACAACAAAAGAAAAAGAGGACGCUGAUAAGAAGACAAAGUUACAUUUAUCUAUGCAUUUACCUAGGACCCCCAAAGAUGCUCCUCAGUUUAGACUUCCAUUCCAAGAUUCAUCAGAAUCAUCAAGUAUGGAUUCCCCAGCUCCAACCAAUGAAAAGGUACCAUCGCCGGAACCACCGGGCAUGAGACCAAAUAUGGCAUCAUAUUCAUCAGCAAUAGAUCCUCAUCAAACUUCAACUACUACCAGAAAAGGUUCAGUCGCAUCAUUUCAGUCAAGUCAUAGUUCCUUAUUGACUUCUCAUUUACAAGAUAUCCCACCACAAUUACCAUUACCUGUAGAACCUAUUCCUGCAGUACCAGUAACAUCAUCAUUUAGAAGUUCAUCAAGAAAAGGCUCCCAAGAUCAUAGUUCUCCUCGAGCAUCAUUGAUACAUACAUUGACAGCAUUACGUAAUAUCCCAAGUUCCGGUAAGUCCCCUCGGGGUUCACCAUUUGGAUCUCCACGUGCAUCCAUCUCAGCACAAGGAAAUAUAAUUGGAUCUAGUGGUGCUGGUGGUGGUGGUGGUGGUUCUGAUUUGUUUAGUUCUCCAUUUCCUAAUUUACGUCCAAAUCCAGGUAGAUCACCCGUUGGUGGAACAAAUCGAAGAAAAUCUACUGAUGCUGUAAAUAAUCCUAUUUCUCCAAUGGAUGCUGCUGAGCCGGCGAAAUCAUCAGAAGUUGAACCAGAACAAAAGCCAGCCAAUAAUAAUAAUGCAGCAGCUGCAAUAUUUUCAAAUUCACUGUCAGAUGCUCCAACUAGAGAUAGUAGUCUUGCCAGUAGUUGUGAUUAUAGUAAGGUUUCAAGUGAUGAUGCUGCAAGUACCUCAACCGCUAAAUAUGCCCUAAAUGAGAAAUAUUCCGAUCGAGUUUUUGAGAAUGCAUUAUUGAAUUUUGAAGAUAUUGAAGUUGAUAAAUUUAGAAUGGAACCUUCAUUAAUUCCAAGAAGACUUUAUCUUCCUUGGCCCACGAUCACUGUGAAGGCAUUUUGUGAAUAUUUGUAUACGGGACAAAUUGGGAAUAAAUGGAUUUUAGCCCCCACGGUAUUGGAUAAUUUAUUGAUUGCUAAAUUCUUUAGGGUUCCUUUGUUGUAUGAUUUAAUUAGUGAGGUUUUAUUUGGGAUUAUUGGGAGAAAGGAAGCAUAUAUUGUUGGAGAAGGGAAUAAAUUAAAAAAGAAAUAUUUUGACUUGUUGGAAGAUAUUGGAAUUCCAAUUGAUCCUGAUUUUAAAUUUCCUUUGGAUGAAUAUGAAGGAUUUAUGGAUACUGUUGAUGAUGGAUAUUUGGAUAUUGCAUUAUUGAAAAAGACAUCGAAGACUCAUAGAAGAAGUACUGCUUCAACUAAGAAAUCUACAUCAACUGCUUUUUCACUGAUGCGGAGUGAUUCUAUUGAACCAAGAGGAGUAGGAUCUACUAGUACACAAGGUGGUAGUGAAUCCAGAGGUGUCGAAGAUGUUGUUAAUGAAGAAGAAGAUGAAGAUGAUGAAAUUUCGGAUGAUUCUAAGAAAAGUUUGGAAGACGAACGAGAAUAUUCUUUGGGAUAUUUGGAUACUUAUGAAAAUUCAGUACCACAAAUUGGUUCCAGAUCAAGAUCGGUUUUUGAUAAACAUAGUUUCAUGUUACAAGAACUUAAACGAGCAGAAGCAGAGGCUGAAAAGGAAGAUACCACUACCAUUAAUGAUGAUGAUCAAUACGAAGAAAAUGCAAAUUUUACCCUUGAAGAAUUAGUUUCUCCAACUGCACCAGUUCCUUCGGAUUAUUGUGUGGAUUUGAUUUUUGAAGCAAGUACGAUUGUUAGUGAUUUGAAAUUGAUGUUAAGAGCGGCUAAUUUGAGAGCUAUGACCAAAAUCUUGAAGAGAAGUAGACAUGAUAUUGAAGCGGCAAUGGCUGAAUUGGAAUAUCAGAAAGGAAUGGCUAUGUCAGCUAAACGUAAUGAGGAAUUGGCUACUGCUACUGCUACUGCUGCUAAUGCUUCUGCUGCUUCUGCUGCUUCUGCUGCUGCUAAUGCUUCUGCUCCUGCUUCUGCUAAUGCUCCCGCUGCUACAAGUGCUACCAGUGCUCCGGCUGCUACAAGUGCUACCAGUGCUGCAAGUCUUGCUACUUCAGUUGUUGCAAAGUCAGAGGAAACUGCAAGCAGUCAAACACCUAGUGAAAAGGAUGACAAAGACAGAAAAGUCACAUCUCCUCCUUCGGUAUUAUCACUGCCUAGUGGGUAUCUGGACAUGCAUUAUGCCAGUGGUGAAACAGAGAGUCGUUCAAGUCGAAAUGUUAGUGAGAUUGAUUUACAAAGCAGUACGGCCCUAAAACCAUCCAGUUCAAAUAAUUCAGUUCAUACUCAAAAAAGUACCCUGAGACCUUCACUUUCAAGAACUGGGUCACAUGCAAGUUUACGUGGAAUUAGUUUUACACCAUUUUCAAAAGCUAAGAAUAAGAAUGAACUGGCUUCUGAUUUAACUUCGAUGGAUAAGCUGGUGUCUGAAAUGGGUUCAAGUACUCAUGGAAUAGCCAAAUUCCGGGCUAGUAUUUUAAGAGGAGCAAGAUCAGGGGAAGAGUUUGUCGGUAGUUCUGCGUCAUCAAUCAAAUCUGGUGUUGCUCCGUCAAAUGCUUCGAUAAUAACAGCAUCAGGUAGAAAACAUGGUUUUUUCCAUAUUGGUCAUAGAAAGAAGGAAACUUCUGGGGAUGAGUCAUCACUUGAGUCUGCGAGAUUGGAAAGGGCCGCUUCUGAAGUAAGUAUUAGUUCGGGUAGUAAGAGUGAUUCUGGUAAUAAUGGAAAGAGAAAGUUUGGAUUUAGAUUAAAAAAAUCAAAUAAUAGUAAUGUUUAG